CAGCAUCACUUUGCAGGCUACUGCUGAUGGAGUAGGUGGGACGAGGCUACACUACUCAUGGCCGUAAAGAACUGUUUGCGUCUGCACCACCAGCAUCAGCAGUGUUUGUAAAGGCGCUUUGUGCAUCGCUAAUCCGCUCUGAUGUCACGGUGCAGAAGGAGGGGCUGAGCUCUCCGUUUUAAUCCGAGCAAGUUGUCUGGAGGGAAGGACAAGCCGAGCCAAAGCAAGCCGAGCCAAGCGAGCAGGCACGGGAUACAGAGGCGAUGUGCACUGCAGCAGCCGGACCCGGGCCUCUCGUCCUCUGACAUGCAGGCUGUGCUUUGAGCUGGGUUUUCUUGGAGACAAGAUGAGCAUGUUCUGAAAAUUGGAGUCUGAUAACACCCCAGCCAUGAGCCACAAGUAUCAGGGAGAGGCAUCUGGGGAAGCAGGCGAGGAGCACAAGGUACCGCCGAGGAGCAGGCAGCCCAAUGGGACGUCACCUGUAGAACCUCCUGUUCGUCGGUCCUGGAGGCCAUGUCAGAUGCUCAACCAGGAUGGGGAACUGAAUCCCCAUCAUCACCAUCAUCCUCAGCCUCCUCACCAACACAACCCACCCACAGCUCGCGGAGCCCCUCGGCAUCGCCGGCGGCCUCCAUCAGAGCAGAGCCAGGCUCAGAGUCCUGGUCUGGUCCAGUCAGUGGCUCCCUCCAGGCCAGACAGUGUCGAUAUUCGAGACGCUGAGCCUCGUCCUGUCCAGCAAGCUCGCCCUGCUGUCACCCGUUACCGCCGUCAUGGUGACCCUAACCCCAGACUCAGAGGUCCCAGACAGAGGCAGCCAAUCCAAGACAUGCAGGACUCUUCACCUGUUGCAGAUGAGAGAGAGGGUCCAGCAGAGGUGCAGGUACGCUCAUCCGAUGACCCUGUAUCCAACCAAAUGCAGGACAGGGGAUCUCCUCACCAGACUCCCGUUGCCGUUGUCCCCCCCACCCACCUCUCACCUGCUCCUGCAAUCCAUAAUAUGCAACCUCGCCUCCAACACACUCCUCCCGCUGAGGCAGAAGAAGAUCUCCAGGAGCGUAAAGUGGAUUGUGAAGAGGAAUCGGAGGAAGUUCAGGCAAAGGACGAAGAACAAGAACAGGCGGAGGAUGAUGGAGACCACUACUCAACCACAGGUCACUCCAGCUGCGGCCAUGAAGACACACAGACAGUCGAUGAGGUAGAAGAACAACAUGCUGAGAGGGUGGAGGAGGAUCAAGAAGAAGUGAUGGAUGAUGUAGUAGAGGACUUUGCAGCUCAGGGAAGUGAAAUUACAGAUCUCUGCUCCGACACGGAGAGCGCCGCCUCGCUCAGUAUGGACGGACCCCUCCACAGCCCACCGCCACUCCAGUCACCAACACCUCCUUCAUCCCCAGAUGUUCCACCUUUCCCCCAGAUGGACCACUUCAGUGAGGACACCAGCAUGAGCCCUGUGCCCGACAACGACCUGCUCCCUGAAGAUGAAGAUGAGGAUUGCUCUGAAUCGGGCUCACUUUCUCAAUUCACUUCCUGUUCUAACACUUAUCCUAAAACCUAUGCAGACUUUUAUACAGAGUCCCACCAAAAAUCAUACCCAGGGCAUGUCUAUGAGUCGUAUUCAGAGCCAAAAUCCCAUCCCAACUCUUUUCCUGAGCCCCUUAAGACCUCCUACCCUGAGUUAAACAGAGAACCGCGCAGGCAAUCUGGUUGGAGGACUGAGUCUAAUGAGGCCCAGCAGGAGUCCCGCCAAGAUACCUUUACCAGCCAUAGACAGGAGAAUGUACAAAAAGGGGCUCCAUCCUCCCCCACAAAGGGCUCCCAUUAUGCCCCAAGGCAGGCCAGAGACCGCGCUUCCCAUCACUCCCCUCUGGACCGCUCUGUUGGCUGCCGGCUGCACCACUACGACGGACAGUCUGACGGUGAAGGGGACAGUGCCGAUCAAAGUCCUCUUCCCAAAAGUCGCAGGCAGGCACCCAGACAAGCGGAAACCCAGGUCAAAAGCCCCUCGUCUGGGCAGAGCAGCUCAGGAGAGGCCCAGGAAGAGUGGAAUGCAGUGGGUCUCCAAGUGGAAGAAGGUACAAGGGCCUCAGGAGACGUCAUCAGUCUGGCGAUUAAAGACAUUAAGGAAGCGAUUGAGGAGGUGAAGACUAAGGCGGUGCGCUCCCCCUACACACCUGACUGCCCCGUGGAGCCGAUUUGGGUAAUGAGGCAGGAGGUCAGCCCCACAGAGGAGGUCUACCCACUGCAGACUACAGCUGGCCAUUCUUCCCCUCACUCCCCAGAUCAGUCCGUGUCUGAGUCUCCGUCCCGCUACGCUUCAGUUCCAGUUCGGGAGCCGGCCAGUCCCCUGAGAGCCGAGUCAGCCAGAGCACUUCCACCUCAACAUUAUCACCAACAGCAACCCCAACACAACCACCACCACCACCAAGGCCACCAUUCACAGCAGAGGGAUACCGCGAGGCCGCAGCAGACACACACACAGCCACACACACAACCACAACCCUACGCACACAUGCCGCCUAAUCAGCUUCACCAACGUCAACAUCAGCAUCAACAACAGAUUAAACAUCAACAACAGCAUCAGCAGCUUCCAGCUCAGCGGCCGCGGCCUCAAGUUCAGCCACCGUCGCCUUUACAGCAGCCGUCUGUCCAGGAGCUUCGCAAAUCUCUUCCUUCGUUCCCAACAUUUGUGGACGUGCCGGGGCCAUGUGACCCUGAAGACCUUAUUGACGGCAUCAUCUUUGCAGCGACCUACCUGGGCUGCACCCACCUGCUGUCAGAGAGGACGCCCACAAAGAGCGCCCGCAUGCAGCAGGCACAGGAGGCCAUGAGCAGAGUCCGGGCUGCUCAGAAGCAGGCAAAGAACAGGAAAAAGAGCCCCGACGCAGAGGCUCCGUCCACUGCUGAGGUCGAUCUGUUCAUGUCCACGCAGAGGAUCAAAGUCCUCAAUGCAGACACUCAGGAGUCUUUAAUGGACCUACCACUGAGGACGAUCUCCUACAUAGCCGACAUCGGUAACAUGGUGGUGCUGAUGGCCCGGGGGAAGAUGGUGCGCUCCCGCAGCGCACAGGAUAACCUGGACAAUGCAGCUGAGCAGACCAACAUGAGCCAGGACGACAGACGGCUGUACAGGAUGAUCUGCCACGUCUUUGAGUCUGAGGAUGCCCAGCUGAUAGCUCAGUCUAUCGGUCAGUCUUUCAGCGUUGCCUACCAGGAGUUCCUCAGGGCCAACGGCAUCGACCCCGAGGACUUGAGCCAAAGGGAGUACAGCGACCUGCUCAACACUCAGGACAUGUACAACGACGACCUCAUCCACUUCUCCAAGUCAGAGAACUGCAGGGAUGUUUACAUUGAGAAGCAGAAAGGAGAGAUCCUGGGCGUGGUGAUCGUGGAGUCGGGCUGGGGGUCCAUCCUCCCCACCGUUAUCAUCGCCAGCAUGAUGCAUGCUGGUCCGGCCGAGAAGUCUAGUCGACUCAACAUCGGUGACCAGAUCAUGACCAUCAACGGGACGAGUCUGGUGGGUUUACCGCUCAGCACCUGCCAGAGCAUCAUCAAGGGUCUCAAGUCUCAGUCCAGGAUCAAGCUGAACAUCGUCAGGUGUCCUCCUGUUACCAUGGUGCUCAUCCGCAGGCCGGACCUCAGAUACCAGCUGGGCUUCAGCGUCCAGAAUGGCAUCAUCUGCAGCCUGAUGAGGGGAGGCAUCGCCGAGCGAGGAGGCGUCCGCGUCGGUCACCGCAUCAUCGAGAUCAACAGCCAGAGUGUGGUGGCGACGCCUCACGAGAAGAUCGUUCAGAUUCUGUCUAACGCCAUGGGAGAGAUCCACAUGAAGACGAUGCCUGCAGCCAUGUACCGUCUGUUAACAGCACAGGAGCAACCUGUCUACAUCUGAACACAUCACAUCGCUCUAUUUUCACUACGGUCCAUCCAUCUUCCCGUUGUUUUAAACCCCUUCUCUCUGUAUCCUGUUUGAUAUCACUUGACUUGCCUUAAUCUGUACAGUACACUGUCAUGUAAACAUGUACAUCUACAGUAGGGCAGCAGAAGACAGAUUAUCUCACUAGGCCGAGUGUUAAUGUGACGUGUUAUGUUCGACCAAAGAUAAAUCGUGGAUUUUAUUCUGCAUAUUUAGGUGGCAAACAGAGAAAAUAUUACCUUUGGUUAAAUAGCUGUAAUAUCUGAAUGUACUCUAAUCAUGUUGGACCUAUAUAUUGUCGGGGCGACCCAGACGAUAAAGAACUUUAAACUGAAGUGAUCACGAUAAACAGGAAUGCAUGUACAAUUCUGCUGAAUAAACUCUAAAGA